CCAAGCCACUUACUUCUUCACAUCUGACAGUAACGCUCUACUUCAAAUCCUCCACUACAGCCAUCAGCCAUGGCUCUUAAAAACAUGCUUUUCUUUUUCUUCUUCUUGAACCUCUUUCUUUCUUUCUCCUCUCAAGAAACUAUUAAAGCUCCCACAAACAAGAGCGAUAAUUUCUCUCUUUUAUUUCCUCUUACUUCUCGUUCUCUUUCUCCUCAAACUUCUCCCAAAUUUUACUCUUCUUUCGUUUCACAGGCCAAGCCUGUUGGCGGAAAGAAUGUCUCUUCGGCUUUGAACUACAGAACAAAGUUCAGUUAUACGAUGGCUCUGAUUGUGUCUCUUCCGAUUGGGACGCCGCCGCAGACUCAGGAGAUGGUGUUGGAUACUGGUAGCCAGCUGUCGUGGAUUCAGUGUCAUAAGAAAGCUGCUGCUGCUUCUGCUUCUAGUAAGAAGCUUGGUACUCCUUCGACGUCGUUUGAUCCUUCACUCUCUUCUUCUUUCUCUGUUUUACCGUGUAAUCAUCCGGUGUGUAAACCGAGGGUGGCCGAUUUUACCCUUCCCACGGAUUGUGACGAGAACCGUUUGUGUCAUUACUCGUACUUCUACGCUGAUGGCACGUUGGCUGAGGGUAAUCUCGUCAGAGAAAAAUUCACCUUUUCUCCUUCCCAAAGUACCCUUCCUCUGGUUCUUGGUUGCGCCAAGGAUUCUAGUGACGAUCAGGGUAUUUUGGGAAUGAAUGUUGGACGGUUGUCGUUUGCUUCCCAAGCAAAGGUAUCCAAGUUUUCAUAUUGCGUUCCGCCACGAAGCUCCCGAGUCGGGUUUACACCAACCGGGUCAUUCUACCUCGGUGAGAACCCGAACUCAGCCGGGUUUCAAUAUGUUAACUUAUUGACUUUUCCUCAGAGUCAACGCAUGCCGAAUUGGGAUCCCUUGGCAUACACUGUUGUUUUGCAAGGAAUACGAAUUAAUGGAAAGAAAUUAAAUAUUCCAGUGUCGGCAUUCCGGCCCGAUGCUAGCGGCUCGGGUCAGACAAUCGUUGAUUCUGGAUCCGAUUUCACUUAUCUGGUGGAUGAAGCUUACAAUCAAGUAAAAGCGGAGGUUGUAAGAUUGGUGGGCCCGAAGUUAAAAAAGGGGUACGUAUAUGGUGGGGCUUCGGACAUGUGUUUCGACGGCAAUGCUUUGGAAAUUGGACGGCUGAUAGGCGACAUGGUGUUGGAGUUCGAUAAAGGAGUGGAGAUAGUGAUUCCGAAAGAAAGAAUGUUAGCAAAUGUAGAGGUUGGGGUCAAUUGUGUGGGAAUUGGACGGUCGGAUAUGCUCGGUAUCCCUAGUAAUAUUAUCGGAAACUUUCAUCAGCAAAAUCUAUGGGUGGAAUAUGAUCUGACUAACAAGAGAGUGGGUUUCGGUAAGGCUGACUGUAGCAGAUCAGCGUAAAUAUUAGUGGUUGACUGGUAGUGCUUGAUUACCUAAUUUGGAUGGACAGAAACAGUUCAUAUAGAUAUUUUCGCGUGGGACUUAACACAAAAUAGUUAAAAAGAACAGUAACCGUCGGAUUCUCUGGUUCAUGAUGUGAUGGACGCUGUAGAUUGGAGUAAGGCCAGAGUGGGCAGAUGGUCCCAACAUUGAGAUGACGGGAGUAUAGGCUCAAUCUAUGGUGUUGUCAUGGACGGUGUAGAUUGGAGUAUAGUGUUGUAUAGACGAGGAUGUGAAAAUCAUGUGACUAAUUUGUAGGUUAAUUAUUCAGUUAAUAUUAUUAUAUAAUCGUGUUU